AUGCCACGCGAUUGGUCGGGUUCGUCCACCGUGACGGGCUGAUGGCGAUUUGCCCGCCGCCCCCCUUCUUUAAACCUCCCGCACCGCGCAGCGAGAAAAGAGAGGCUCCCCAGCGGUCCGCCAGCGCCCGUGGAGGUGGAGGCCGUGGACCGGAGCGAAUAGAGUACGAGGAGACGAGAGGAGACCGAGGAAUCUCGGAGCGUGCGCGCUGCCGAUCGAUCGGGGGGAGGCUCGAACCCCGCCGCGCCGGCGGCGGCUCCGAGAUCCCGCCACCACGAGCGGAAUCCAGCCUCACUGCCUCAGGUGUGUCACGGGCGGCACGUGGGGGCGCGUCCCCGGCUCGAUAAAAGCAACCGAGCCGAGGGCGAUCCUUUCUCUGGGGUCUGGACUCUGCAGGGGAGGGGAGGAGCAGAGCAGAGCCGGGAGCCAUGGCGGAGGUGGGGGAAGGGAGUAGGAGGCGGCGGGAGGCGGAGGCGCCGGUGGUGGCGCUGGAGUGCGUGGCGGGGAGCUCCAAGGCGGAGGAGUGGGGCGGCGGCGCGGGCGUCGUGCAGGAGGGGGACGUGGUGGAGGCCGUCCGCGUGGGCCGCGGCUCCGUCGGCGGCGGCGCGGCGGCGCUGGAGCUCGAGGCGCCGUUCAAGGGCGGGCGCGCCGGGCUGCACAAGGCGCUGCACGCGGCGUUCAAGCGCGGGGACACCUCCGUGGAGGUGCGCGUGCGGGGCGGCAGGGAGCUGCAGGCCUGCAUCGUGCCGCACCAUGCCAGUCCCGGCGCCGGCGGCGGAGGCGGCAGGAAGCAGUACGUUCUGCGGUCGCUGCACGACCCCAACUACUUGCUCGGAUUCGUCGACCGCCUCGAGAGCGAGUGCCUCGUCUUACAAGGAAUGAGGAGCACAAGAGUUGCAUCAGCCUUGAGCAAGGCACAACUCCAGGAUGGCUAUGUCGCAUACCCAUGGGACAAGAAGAUGCGUGACAUGCUGCGCGCGCCCAACUCCAGCUGCUACUUCUCGAUACUUGUCCUGCCCAAGGCUCAGGACAACAAUGCUUGUCACUACGAGUCCUUCGAUGAUACCCUGGCGCAUGCCAAUGCAUGGUUCUGCUCUUCGCAGGCCUCAGGGAUACCCAUCGAUCUCAUGAAUGUGCAGAGUGAAGCUCUUCUCACCAAGAUAUCUGGAGAGACAGCGUCUGCAUCUGUGAAUUCAAGUUCAUUAUCUGAUCUGUCGAACGUCACUAAUGCGACGCUCUACGGUUUUGAAGAUUACCAUGGAGUGGAUAUUGGUGUGGUAAAGGCAGCACGGCUUUGGUAUAGCUGCAUAGGAGGAGAAUUGGAGCUGGAAAUCCCACUUGUAGAAGGUGACACAAGGCUUGGCUUUGCCAUCAGCCGAACUGAAGAGGGUUUUAUCUACAUAUCAUCUGUAGUCGAAGAUGACAAGGAAAGUGAGGCACCAUCAACGCGGUCUGGGCUCUGUAAUCUGUUCAACCGAGCCAAGGAGGCAUCAAAACUGCUGAUCAUCUCAAGGGUGUCCAAUGAGAAGGUCCUACCUUGGAUGAUCUCCAGUUCAGGGACAGUCCGUUGCUUCGACACCAUUUCCCUCAGCCAGAAACUUUCCUUGCACCGCCUCGCAGUGCGCCCCAUCCAGCUGCAUUUGCUUGCUUGGGAGAAACCUUCUGGUCCAGCAGAGAGGAUCAUGUGUUCACCGAAACUACCCCCGCCUUCAACUCUGCUCCCUCAGCUACAGCAAAACCUUGUGCAGACCAUUGAAGGUAGAGUAGAUGUUGAAGAGGAUUAUGUUGUGGAUUUGUCGUUUCGGCUCGAUGAUAUCUCAUUUGAGAGCAGCUGGGUAUGAUUCCAGGUUUCAGUUUUGUCAUAUAGGCAUCUGAUGUGCAUAUGUAUGUUUUGAUCUUGUCUAGCUCUCUACGGUAGUGACGCUCAGUUUUGAGCUGCAGAAAUGCAGAUGCUGGCUUGAAUAUUUAUUGGUUUCUAGCCAAAUCAGGGAUGAGGCUUUCAUGACAUC